UUCAAAACCCCCGUAACUAUAACGCCUUCUCACCUGUUCAAAACUUCACCGACUCAUUCGGUUACCCUUCUUCUCUAUUUAAUCCAAAACCCUCUCUUCUCCUGUUCAUCUUUCCCCCAUUGUCGGCCUACAUUUCAUGGAAUCAUCUCGGAGUGAUUUGGAUCGGAUCAAGGGACCAUGGAGCAGCGAAGAGGAUGAGCUUUUGGGCAACUUAGUUGAGCGGCAUGGAGCUCGAAACUGGACGUUGAUUAGCAAGUCGAUUCCAGGGAGAUCUGGUAAGUCGUGCCGUUUGCGGUGGUGUAAUCAGCUUUCGCCGGAGGUUGAGCAUCGUUCGUUUACGGAGGAGGAAGAUAAGGUUAUCGUGGAGGCGCACAAGCGGUUUGGGAACAAGUGGGCGACGAUUGCUAGGUUGCUUAAUGGACGUACUGAUAACGCGGUGAAGAAUCACUGGAACUCGACUUUGAAGCGGAAGAGUUCGACGGUCGAUGGCGGAGAGGAGCGGUCGGCGAGAGUGCUGAGGCGGUCGGAGAGCGGUGGUGCUGAUGUGACUGUCGCUAUGUCUAUGUCUAUGUCUGGCAGUCCUUCUGGAUCUGACAUCUGCGAUUCAGGUAACAAUAUUCCGUUUCUCUCCAUCGGAAAAAACAAUACAACCUCUUAUGGAUUGAUUGGAUUACAACCGCCGCCAUCGACGGCGUUAACACUGUCUCCCCCGGGAACAAGUUCGUAUGGUUACGAAGUCCGUGAUCAAGCGACGCCGUUUGGUGCGGAGAUUCUUUCAGUGAUGCAAGAGAUGAUCAGGAAAGAGGUAAGAAAAUACAUGGAAGAAGAAGAAGAAGAAAGAAAGGUUGAUGCAGUGUGAAUCGAACCAAAACUAAAUCUUGAUUAAUUAAUUAAGUAAUUAAUUAAUCAAAUCUCAUGGGGUUUAAUUAAGAUUAAAUUUUAUUAAUCAAUGAGGGAUUGUACAGAAAAAACAUGGAUCAUAAAUCCAUGAAUCAUCAGCAGCAGAAGAAGAAGAAGAAUUGCAGAAAGUACGAAUUUUGUGAUAAUUAAAGAGAUUAGUUUUACAGUUGAAGACUCAUUUUGAAUUUGGGAGGAUAAUAGAGUUUUUUUGUUUUGAAAAUUUAAAUGGUAUUUAAAACGGACGUUAAGUUUCUGUUAAUGCCGUUUAUUAAAUGUGAUAGAGAUCUAGAAUAUGUGGAGUAGUAGUACGGAUGGUACGUUGAGUUGUACUGAUGGUUGAUUUGAUUGUACCGUGCUUAGCUGUCGCGAUGCUGCACGGGGCUCCAGGCUGGACGUUUUCUUGGAUUCUUUAGAAGUCAGACAAAAGUACAGUUUCACCCCCUAGGGAAUUGGGGACUACAAUUGUACCCCUGAAAAACCGAGGCUUUAACUUUUUGGGUAGUGUUAAUUUGAAAUUUUAAAUUUGGAGUAAA